AUGGCUCCAAACCGAUGGGUUCCGUCCUCAAAAACACUCGAACGCCCGCUAAGACUUGCAGACUCCACCACAUGCGUCACCGUUUCAAUCCAACAUCCUCCUAAUCACACCUCUCUCCUUAUUCAAGUCUAUGAUCACAUUCAUAACCUCUCAUUUGCAGAUAAGGAUGCUAUACUGCAACAAGUGCGUCGAAUGCUAAGGAUAUCGAAGAAAGAUGAAAGGGCCAUAAGGGAGUAUCACGAAGUGCAUCCGGAAGCGAAGGAGAAGGGCUGUGGUCGAGUUUUCCGGUCCCCUACUCUCUUUGAAGACCUUGUCAAGUGUAUCCUCCUCUGUAACACCAAUACUAGCGUUCUUGGCUACAGAGCGAACACCAUUCUGAAACUUGCCAAGAUCAUGCGACUUGAUGAUGAACUAGGGUUUCAAGAAUCCCUCAACAUCGGCUUCAACGACAUGUUUCAAAAGUUGAAGGAAAUCAAAGGGUUUGGUUCGUUUUCAUGCGCCAAUGCACUCAUGUGCAUGGGAUAUUAUCAUAAAGUGCCAACAGAUACUGAAACUAUAAGGCACCUACAGCAGGUUCAUGGGAGGAAGGAUUGUGACAAAACAAGCGCCGGAAAAGAUGCGGAAGAAAUUUAUGAUAAGUAUGCACCGUUCCAGUGCCUGGCAUAUUUGUCGGAGCUCUUGGAUUCAUACGAAGGCAAAUUUGGGAAGCUGAGUGAAUUGCCUGCCUCUAGCUAUCAUAUAAUCAGUGGCAGGCUUGAGAGAAAGGGGGAAGAGAAGACCAUGAUGAAUUAA